UAAGGUUUUUUUUUCCCGUACGCGAAAGUGAAGUUACUUCUCGUAUUUGUAGUAGCUUCGUACGGUGUGGAGGCGGGAUUUAAAGUUUGAUCUUAAUGAAGCGAAACGAAGUCUUCUCGCUUUAAGAAGAGGCGCGAGUUGUGGGCGGGAGAUUCAAACCCGGGCUGAGUCGACCCGAGACGGGCCAGGCCGGAGGUUCAGGUCGGCCUGGGCCUCGGGUCGUUGCAAUGGCUGAGGAAAAGAAGCUCAAGUUAAAGCGAAGGAGAGCUGCCAGCCUCGGCCAGCCACGGGAGCUGAGCCCCAAGCCGCGGCAGGACAUCGAGCAGCCGGCGCCAGAGAGGAAGGAGCUUUCAGCUACCGUUUCCACUUGGUUCGAUGACAAUGACAUAAAUGAGACUGACCAUAUUUGGGCUGUAAUGAUGAAAUCUAUGUUUCCAGACAUGAAAGGAUCAGAUUGGAAGACUAUAAGAGUGCCAGACUUACCCUUAAGCCCUGAGAAGAUUCCCAAGUGUGUUGAAUCCAUUGCCACUGAAACCAUUUCAGUGGGUGAUGAGAGUUUUAUGUGGACACCAUUUCCCCCUGCAGUGGUUCUGGAAGAAAGGAGUAGAUCUGAUUCACUCUUCAGUCAUCGGGGCAUUGCUGCCAACAAGGGAGAAUGGACGAAUUCCACUGAGCUGUGUAUAGACAGAUCUCAACCUCCUCCCUCAGAAAUAGCACAAGACAAGGGUGCUCUAUCUUCUGCAGAGGCAACAAAGUAUCUUAGCAUACAGUCAAAGAACUACCUGGGAAAUGUAAAGGCCAGCAAUUCCUUUGAAGCAGAUCCAGUGAGAUUUUGUGCAGAGCAAGCUGGGAGGAAACAGAACGUUUACCCAGUGGAUGUGGGACAUAAAGCAGACAAUGCUCCUCCUAGUCCUGCCAAGUCUCUUCAGAAAACAAAUCCAGAACCAAUGCAGCCAACACCAUUCACUGAGAAGCUCGGUCAAGAAAAGACGAAACAACACAAAAUGCCUGCAGGAGGGACAGUAGUUGCAGAAGAGGAGGAUGAUAUUAUCAUCACUGGGGAAUGGCAAAGCCAUUCUUUCCCUGAGAAUAGGCUUUGUGCCACUAACAUGAUGAAUCACAAAGAUGCUGUCACUACGGGGAGGUCUGAUGGGCAUGUGGAAGGAGGAUUGGACUUGGAGAGCUGUCCGAUGUGUCUUCUUCAGUUUCCUGCAGGAUUCACCCAGUUGGAAGUCGAUAGCCACCUCGCCAAAUGCCUCUCAGAGAGCACAGAAGAUGUGAUGUGGUAAUUACUUGGCUGAAAGAGGAUCAUGUUAAUGCAGCUUUUGGACAUAAUUCAACUGGGACUAUAAAUAAAAUGCUAGAGCCUGGGAGCUGACAAUGAAUACAGCAUUUGUGGUGAUAUUCCAUGUUUCUUUGGACUUUUUUUAAACCAAUUAUGAUUCUAUCCAACUAUUCACAUCUAGCUGAAUUUAGAGUCCUCUCCAAUUGCUGACCAUCUAAACCAGCUGUUUUCAACAUAAUUUUAUUACUUUAGAUCAAGUCAGGAUACCUCAUACUUUGAAUGUUGAUUGUUAGCAUAUGCUUAGUUGCAUGGUUAGCAAAAUCUUUUUUUUCCCCUUUAUAUGCUGAAGUGAUUUACUUUUUUACCUCAUCUGAAUGUAAUGAAUCCAUGCUAGGCGCCAAGCAUCUUACAGCACAAUACCUGUGCCAAUUAGUCAGUUUUCAGUCUCCCUGUUACAAGUCAUUGUGUUUUUUCGCAGAGGCUUAACGGGUAGGCUAAUCCAUUCCAUCCAUACAUUUCCAACAAGGGUGUCCGGCUAGGAACAGAGAACCCUUAAGUGACUUUUGACUUCCUAAAUUGGGUCUGUUGAGAUUUAUUUAUAGCAUUCAUGCUGGGAAACUGGGGUUCACCUUUAAAUGGUACAUGAAACAUAUGCUACAUACAGAGUUAAAGGCCACUGGAUUUCCCAAAAUCCUGUAGUAAAAUAGGACCAGUCUUGUUCCCAGUGAGUGCUAAAAGCAGAGCUGUUGUGUCAUUUCCAUGUUGAUGACUAGAAUAGUGGUCUGACCAUACAGAACCAUCCUCUCUGGUAGCCACAGACUAACUGCAAGGAAAAGGUUGAGGGAUGAGCGUGGGGCCACCCACAGCACGAACCAAUGCACUAAUCCCAUCCUUUGCUUGGUGGUGCACAUCAGUCCAUUUUCAGACAUUGCAGUGAUAACUGAAGUGAUGCAAUCAUUAAGCAAUUUUUUUGUACUCUAAACAAUGUAAAAGGAGCCUGGCUACUGCUGAGAGUUAAUCACUGGUAAAGGUAUAAAUGAACAGCUUUCCAAUCUGCUCUUAUGUUUUAGCGAAUGAUGAACAAGGUCAUAGGUUACACUUGAAUGCAUCGAUUUAUUUGGAAAUUGCAGAGAUAGCAUUGCGCAAGUUCUGACGUCAUUAACAGUUAGUAGCAUAUGGACAUGCUUUUCCUAAAGGUAUUAAUUGAUUUGGAAAUCAUUGCUAGGGUGCUCCAAUCCAGGGUAAAUUGCUUUCUGCAUUAUCUGCACUUAGAAAUAGUUUGCAUGAGUGGCUAGUAAAAUGAGCCAAGUUUCUCUAUAUUGGAUUCAACCCUGUGACCUUUCUAAUCUGUCUGGUUAAGUUAGUCAUUUUUUUAUUCAGACCUGUGACCUUUCUAAUCUGUAUGGUUAAGCUAAUUACUGAGUAGAUUUAUUGAGUCCUAUGAUCUGAAUUGUGAUGUGAAUAAAUAUCAAUCAUUGGUUGGUAAUUAAAACAGUUUGCUGAAAAGUUAACAUUGUGGGUAAGAUGAACGAUCAAAAACGUUAGAGGCUACCAGUGUGUCCAAGAGUUUCCCUGUUUGGCAUUUUUAGAUCGUAACAACUAUUUAUGUCCAACUCUGAUCUUUUCAAACUUUUCAAACUGAAGAAUAGAGACAUUUACAGAGCUUAUCUAUUUUAAACAGUGAAUUCUUAAAAAAAAGUUAUACAUAAUCUAUUACUAGGCCUGGAAACAUGGUUUAGAUUCAAACAGAGAUCAAGAUAAUCCUUACCUUUAUAA